AUGUAUGCGCCUGGGCAUAGCCCUGGGUCUUCACGGCAGACCAGCCCUGCGUCACGAGAUCAUAAUCCGCGGAAGCGUGGCCGGACCGCUUGCACUCGAUGCAAGACGCGGAAGCAAAGAUGCGACAAUGAAUAUCCGACCUGCUCGAACUGUUUGAAAGCGGGGGUCGUGUGCGACAAGUCCAGCGUGCGAGAGGAUACUGACCGCCAAAAUGAUUACACUCGCGUGCUGGAAGAACGUGUGGCAUUCCUGGAGCGCAAACUGAAUCAGUCCGAGCAAGCAGUUCCUGAUCCAAAUACUGGGGUUGCGACUGCUGCGCCCACGCUGCUCUCCCCGCAAGGGAGCCAUGCAACGCCACAGACAGCUACUUCGGGUCUGGACAAUAACCCCGUCGGGGAAAUUGUUGGCCUGCUUGCCCUGAGCUCCUCUGAAGCUCCAGCCUACGUAGGAGCCAGCUCUGGGUUUUCUCUUGCUAAUAACUUGGGGGAGAUGGUCCAGACAAGUGUCUGGAACCAAUUUAUCACAAGAAUGCAACCAAAUCAGACAAACACAAACACGAACGGCAACAAAUCUCAGAACCCAACAACUAGAGUACAUGGGCCAUCCGAGCAGCCAUCCACUCCUCGGAUUCGAGAUCAGCUCGUGCCAGCAAAUGUCGAGCCACCUACUAAUGAAUUGGGGGCACGAAUCCUGGACACAUAUUUCACCCGACUACAUUCAAGGUACCCAUUCAUCAACCAGAAGCAAGUCUGGCAAAUUCACGAAGAUCGAUGGCGACUGGCUAAGACCAAACGUGAAGAUCUUACUCAGUCUGAUCGAUUCGCUAUCUUCAAACUCAACAUGAUAUAUGCAAUCGGAGCAACAAUGCUUCAAUUGAGUGAAAAAUACGCAUAUACAGCACCCGAACGGUAUUAUAGUACUGCCCUGCAGCAUGUUCACUCAAUGUGUGAAGCGAGAUCCAUUGAAAACAUCGAAGCGAUGGUUCUACUUGUCGUGUAUCACCUCCGAACUGCAUCUAGUCAUGGACUGUGGUAUAUGAUCGGACUUGCAAUGCGCACUGCCAUUGACCUUGGUCUCCACCGAAAGGCAAAUGAGAUCAACAUGGACCCCUUCACAACACAAAUGCGCCGAAGGCUAUUCUGGACGGUUUAUUACCUCGAAAGAGUAGUUUCAAUGUCUCUAGGCCGGCCAUUCAGCAUCACCGACCGUCACAUUGACCUUGAUUUACCACUGGACGUGGAUGAUGACGUUGAAGAUCCAACAAUACUAGCAGCACCGCAAGAUCCGAAUAAAACCACUUCCAUGACGUUUGCAAUUUAUCUCUUCAAAGUCCGUCGCAUUGAUUCGCGCAUUCAACACAAAAUUUAUCGCGCUGACAAGCCUCUAUCUUCCCUCCGACCGAAAAUGGACCCCUUAUAUCUCGAACUCGAAGAAUGGAAAGAAUCAGCCCUACUGCGAUUCAGCGGUCCAGACUUGGAUUACCCAAUGCUUCACUAUAACAGAGCCGUACGGCUACUGAUCCAGCCCUUCCUCCCUCUCCUCCCAAUAACCGACCCGUACUAUCACAUCUGCCUCCGCGCCGCAGGAAAUAUCUGCCAAUCUCACAAACGCCUCCACCAAACCCUGGAAUACGGCCACUCCUUCCUCGCCGUGCAAACCGUCUUCAUGGCAGGGAUUACCCUUCUCUAUGCUCUAUGGACACACACAGACCAGGUCUGGUCCGUCCGCAUGAGCAACGACAUCCGCGCCUGCUCAACCGUUCUUUUCGUCAUGGGCGAGCGUGCAGCAUGGGUGAAGAAAUAUCGCGAUGCGUUCGAACUUCUUGUCAACGCCGCCAUGGAAAAGCUGCAGGGCAACGAGACUGCUCGUAAUGCCGGGAUGGCUGAGUUGAUGACUGCGCAGCAUGGAAUCAACUGGAAUACUACUCUCCCUGGUAUGCCUAGCAGUGAUAAGUUCCCGUCAGUCAAUCCGACCGGGUUGGCGCCUGAUCCGGGUAUUACGACGCAGGUCAGCGCAGAUGAUGAUUCGGAGCAUGCUGUUAGGAUGGCGUUGCAGUUGGCGCCGUGGAUUGAUCAGGAUGAAAGUGAUCCGUUGUGGAUGCCUGACUUUGAGACGUUGGAGAAUCUGUCUGGGACUUUUUGGAGUAACCCUGAUACUAGGCUUUUUGAUGCUCUGUGA